CACAAGAGUACUGUUCUAUUUAUAGUCGGCGAUACAGUCGUAUGUAUAUAUUCACACACACAUACGUAGCAAUAUCAGUAUCUGUAAUGUUUAUCCCUAGUCAGGAAGUUAUCUGAACUUGACCACAAAAAUGGCCAGUAUAUCAGCAAUUUCAGUAUUUCUUUUGCUGGUCAAUUAUCGCCUAAGCACAGCUUUGGUUAGUCCGGGCUUCAAGACUAGAAUCACCUCCGAGGGCUUGACCUAUGCAAACAGUGUCGCCCUGGAUGUGUUAUCUAAAGCUAUCAUCGGUGUAUCUGUCCCGGACCAAUCCGGAACUGCAAGUAUAGUCACAUAUCACCUCACAGGGAUUCAUAUAACUGAAUUUAACAAGCCAGCCAGUCAAGUUACAUUGAACCCUAAUGGAGUGUACUGGACUGGGAACAACGCUGUUAUACAGAUGCAUGGCAAUUGGAGAUACAACACACUAUUUAUAUCUGACAGUGGAAACUUCGAUGUUUCUGCGACUGGUGUGUCCUUUCAUGAGAAUGUCGCUCUAAGUAAAGACACCAACGGUCGUCCUCACAUCAAAGCCUCUGGGUGUGGCGUCAGCAUCGGCAGCGUGAGCUUGACGUUUCACGGUGGUGCUUCAUGGCUCUACAACCUCUUCAGUAGUAUAGUGGCGAACGAUAUCAAGUCGGCUCUUGUUGGCCAGGUAUGUGGGGCUGUGACCGAUCUGAUCAACACAAACGGAGAAAAUGCUUUGUCAAAAUUACCAGUUACUGUUGAUAUUGUGAAUACAUUUCUGCUGGACUACAGUAUGGAUGAACAGCCAAUGUUUCAGAAGAAUUUCAUGGAAUCAUACCAUAAGGGCGAGAUCGACUGGAAAUCUUCGCCUGCCCCGCCCCCAUUCACGGCCCCGCCCCUCCCUCCACGGAACGACACCAGCCGGAUGAUGUAUGUUUGGGUGUCAGACUUCAUGUUAAACAGUAUGCUCUAUCAAGGCCAGCUGCACAAAUUCUUUGCAUAUAACCUCACAGCACAGGACCUUCCUCUUGCCAACCGUUCGGCUUUAAAUACGACGUGUCACACACUCUUGUGUAUUGGCAACCUAAUACCACAGUUGCAGAAGAGUUAUCCGAACUGCCAGGUUGAUCUUCACAUGCGCAGUGCGUCUGUUCCAAGUGUUGCUGCUACUCCAACGGAUGUUCUUGGUAGCGCCAGCGGUAUCAUUGACUUUUAUGCGCGUCCUGUGACGGGAAACAACCGUGGAAAUAGAUUAUUUAGAUACUCUAUCAGAAAUACACCAGCCUACCUCUUCACGCUCAAUGUAACCAUGAGUACCGCUGCAGAUGUUCAAGUGAAGAACGAAACAAUUUACGGGAAGUUACGGGACGUGAAAUUCGGUGUGAAAGUGGUGAAAACAACAAUUAAAGACAUCAAUGACAAAGCCUUACAAUUUAUCAUCGACAUUGCCCUGAACACGGUUGUCAUACCAAAGAUCAAUUCUAUUGGGGCGAAGGGACUUGCCUUGCCAACAAUUGAAAAUGUCCACUUCGUCAACCCCAGUCUGUCACUGAUGCAGAGAACUGUGCUCAUAUCCACGGACCUCCAUUACGCCCCCUGACAUCAAACAUCAUGACUACUUGUAAGGGGAGGCUACUUGUGAAGAAAAGUAAUAGAAGUUAUUUCCGAAAACAAUUUGUCCAGCCAGGUCUGGAAUAUCAAUAAUGUCUCAUCAUGUCUCUAUAUUCCUGAAUUCAUAUUAAUGCAAAUUAAGAAUAAUGUAUGUUUUCCUUUCUACAUUUUUUAAUUUCUUCAUUGACAAGUAAUAUGAAUAUACAGGGUUUCUUUUAUUUCCAUUAUAUUUUCUUUCUCGUUUAAGUUUGAUUAAUAUUUUAUCAUUUCUAUUAAGUCAAGUUAAAUAUGAAGGAUAUGAGAGAUCAUCUCAACAGAUACGUUCCACGUCAGCUCUGUUCCACGUCAAUCGGUAACGGUUAUGUUCAACUUGAAACACAGAAAUUCUUCUUCGUCUUGAUUUUUGAUUUUUCCGUGAACCUUGAAAGAACCCUGGCAAUUAGAACAAUGCUAAUGUUUAUAGAAUAUUUAAGGAUUAACUGAAAGUUUUAUAUUUUGGAGAUAUUACACAAAAAAUGGAGUGGACUCUAAAUAAACCUCGAAGAUGAGAACACGCUCCGAGUUUUUGCAGUAUAGCUCCAUAACAUAAAAAGUAUAUGCAAGUCAAUCCUUAUGAUUUAAUUUACCAUAGACAAUACAUGUGAAAAUCUACUUUUAUUUGUGUAUUCUUUUCUCUUAGGAAUGAUUACGCGAUUAAGAGUGACAUAACUAACGGUGACGUCAUUUUUUACUUUAUGGUCUGAUAACAUCAGCCAAUGGAAAUCCUUGUUACAAUCACGAUUGAAUUAUAUACUUGUUAAUACCUUAAAUUGAAAUGUAUCUUGUAUAUUUUGGAGUUUUCCAGAAUACACAAAACAGUAUUUAUGUAUGUAUGUUUUAUAUUACAAUACCAUUGACUAUUGGCUUGGCUUUCUUUGAUUACGAUUUCACUUUAGUUAUUAUUUUACUGUCAUUGUUGUAAUACUCGAUUCCAUGAUAAUUUGUUUUAUGAAUGUUGUAUGAAAUUGAAUUCAAUUUUGUUUUCUAAAUAAACAAUAAAUAAAACAUGAG